UUCAGGCAUGCGCAGCUAUCUGGCCGCCUUCGGUCAUCGGUGCAAGGCUGUCACGAGGCUCCGUCGGCACAGUCACUUGAUACAUUGCAGUCUUCUUUGCAGAAGGCCUAGGGUAUAUCAUCAUUCUAUCUGGACAUCAUAUUUCUCUCCACCUUCUACUUGCACCAGGGCAACUUGACCUUGCUAUAUCGCGACGGUUCGCCAUCACCGCCUCUCGCCAAAGCUACACUACAAGCUGACCCCACACCCCGCUUCCCUCCUCACUCCAACUGCUAUAAGACCAAACGCUCACCAUGAACAUCAUCUACUCGACCGUCAACAGCCUGCGCGACAGGUACACGCCCGCAAGCCACACGUCAACGUUCCGCAACACGGGCGAAAUCACGCCCGAAGAGUUCGUUGCGGCAGGCGACUACCUAGUCUUCAAGUUCCCGUCAUGGUCGUGGGCCGACGCCGAAACACCAUCCAAGCGCAUCAGCCACCUGCCUCCGGGGAAGCAGUACCUGGUGACGCGGCACGUUCCGUGUCACCGGCGUCUGAACGAUGAUUUUGCGGGCGAUGCGGGUCACGAAGAGGCUGUAGUUGAAGGCGGGGGCGCCAAGAACGGCGGCGACGACGAUGACGGCUGGCUGCGCACGGGCGGCCUGACUAGCUCACAGCCGCUCAAGGUCAGGGAGGUGCGCACCGUGGACGAUGCGGGUAACGUCGGCGACCGGGAAGUUAUUGAUGAGGAUGAUAUUCCGGAUAUGGAAGAUGAGGAGGACGAUGAGGCUAUUAUUCGUGAUGCCGAGGGGGAUGGCAAGAAUAGCGGAAGACGGACAUACUCGCUCUACAUCGUCUACUCGCCCUACUACAGGACGCCCCGGAUGUACAUGUCCGGGUACCUGCCCAACGGGCAGCCGCUGCCGCCGCACCUGAUGAUGGAGGACAUUGUGGGCGAUUACAAGGACAAGACGGUGACGCUCGAGAACUUCCCCUUUUUCGAGAACAACGUCAAGAUGGCAAGCGUGCACCCGUGCAAGCACGCAUCCGUCAUGAAGACGCUCCUCGACCGUGCCGAUGCCGCCCUCAAGCUGCGCAGGGAAAAGCAGAGGGCUGGCCUCCUCGCCGCCAGCAGUCAGGGGCUGGAGGGGCUCGAGGGCGAGCUCAACAGCCUCAAGGUCAGCGGCGGCGCCGGAGGUGACGCCGCUGCCGGCAGCGAUAACAACGAUGAGUGGGAAGAGGUGCAGCACGACGUAGCUGACCAGGAAGUGGCCAUCCGGGUGGACCAGUAUCUGGUGGUGUUUUUGAAGUUCAUUGCCAGUGUAACCCCCGGGAUUGAGCAUGAUUUCACGAUGGGGGUCUAGCUGAUAUCUUGAGUUUGUUUGUCAUGGGGCUCUUUCUGGGUUUGUACGUGGAGUUAUCCGGUUCAUAUUGCAAAUCCCAUGAGGUAUAGAUCAUGAUUCGGCGGCGGCGACGGGGAUACGGAGCAUGGGCGCAUAGUACCGAGAAGAGCACCGUAUAAGAGAACAAUAGCACCACAGAUUGACCGUGCAGAG